AUGCCACCCACACUCGUACUCAUCCGCCACGCCCAGGCCGAGCACAACGCCACAAACGACUGGUCCAUCCGCGAUCCUCCUCUUACCCAACUCGGCGAACAGCAAAGCCGUGAGCUACAAGAAAGUCUCAAGAAAAGUAAUAUUGGCAAUCAAAUCGACCUCAUUGUUGUGAGCGCUCAGAGGCGCACACUACAAACUGCGACUAUUGGUUUGGACUGGCUGAUCAAAAAGGGUGUUCCUGUCCUACCCUCUGCCCUCUGGCAAGAAAACGCCGAUAAACCCUGUGACACAGGCACGCCCAUCCCCAUCAUAUCCCAAGAAUUCCCCCAAUACGACUUCUCAUCCGUCGACCCCUCCUUCCCAGAUAAAACGACAAAUGGUCCCCAGAAUCCAUAUGCUUUUACUCAAAAAGCUAUCGUCGAGCGCGGACAAAGUGCGCUAAGGGAACUGUAUGGGCGGAAAGAAAACGUCAUUGCCGUCGAUGUUUUUAAUGCUGAUUGGAGGCUUUUUGACUGGGAUGAAGAGGCUAUGAAGAGCGAGGGAAGGUGUGUGUUGAAGGAGAGGGAGGAGACGGAAGUCAAGGGUGGGGGCAUGGGGAGGAGUGAUGUCGGUGUUUUUGGCAUUGUGCAAGGAGACUUCCCGCCUGAGGAUAAGGCUGCUGGGGAAGAGAAGGUUGCGGGGGAGGCGACGGGGGAGAAGCCUAGUGCUUGA